AUGGAUUUCAGUGAAAGCAGCGAAUCCAGCCAGACCUCCAGCAGUGAAGAGGAGGAUGCAUACACCAUCCUGGUCAUGCAAGUCCCUCAGAUCCUGAGGCGCGUGUUCAUAGGUGACAAGACAGAUAAAUUGGUAGAGUUCUUGCUCCUGAAGUAUCAAAAGAAAGAGCUGGUCACCAAGGCAGAAAUGUUGCACAUUGUGGACCACGAUGACCAUGAGCAGUUCCCUCUGCUCUUCAAGGAGGUGCGUGAGUGCAUGUGUCUCGGCUUUGGCAUUGAUGUGAGGAAGAGGAAUUCCCCUGGCGACACAUAUAACAUUGUCCCUCUCUUGGGCCUCACUUAUACAGGGAUAGUGGGCGAUGACCAGAUUAUUCCCAAAAUUGACCUCUUGAUAGUGAUCUUAACAGUCAUCUUUGUAAAUGGCAGCUAUGCCAGUACAGAGGAGAUAAAGGAAGUAGUGAGAACGAGGCAGAUGUUACCAAAGAGGCACUUUCCUACUGGGGACCGGUGGAAAUUCAUCACCGAGGAUUUGGUGCAGGAAGGGUACCUGGAGUACCGGCAGGUGCCCAGUAGUUAUCCUGCUCGCUAUGAGUUCCUCUGGGGUCCCAGGACCCACGCUGAAACCAACAAGAUGAAAGUCUUGGAGCAUUUAUGCAAGGUUAACAAGAUGGAUCCCAGGUCCUAUCCACGUCUAUAUGAUCAGGCUUUGAAAGAAGACCUAGAGUCUGCCAUGAAUGAGUUAGAGGCCAUUGAGGACGAAGUGUGA